AUGUGUGAGACGGAGAAGCAUUCGGAAAUUCAAAGCGGACAGUUUAUGAUAAGCAAGUUGGACGAUUCUGAAAGUGAAAAGGAGGAUGUGGAGUCAUUGGAGGACUUCGAGACUGUAACCGAUCACAAGACCUCCGGACUCCCCGCUUUCGAUGGCCUUCAGUCGCUCUUCAAAAGUUUAAGCCUUGCCUACGUAGAAACACUGACGAGCCCUCGUUGGAGCCACUUCAAGGGAACUGGUUUCGCCCUGAAGCAAAAAGUCCGCCUCAAUAACAUCAUCUGGCGGGAAUACCAUAUGCAAUACGUGAAACAGUUGCCUCCAGUCAUCGUUAAGUUCCAGGUACCCUCUUGUGAUGAAACUCACAUUAAGGCUCAGUGUCUAGUUAUGGAGGGGAAGUUUUGGAAUCGACACUCCAAAAAGCUUUCAAAUGAGUAUCGGCGCUGGCGGACAUUCUUCAUCAAUCACCUUCGUAAAAAACCACCCGCUCGUUCGGAUAAGCGUCGGCCCGAUUUCGACAUGCCUCUUGACUUUCCGUCAAAGAUUCAGUACCUCGAGGAAAAGGACAUUCUCAGUGACGUACCCAGCAUUUCUGGCGUGGGGAGUCCACGCUUUAUUGACGAAUUAAUGCGCGAUUUCGAUGGAAGCCUGGACUUAUUCCUGGAUCAGCCGUUUCCCAAUCCCCGAGACAUGUCCAUGUUAGGGAACUCGGACAUCAUGCAGCCUGGUUUAACUCAACUGCAGCCAAAUUCGGAGAAUUGUCGUAGUGAUUUGAUUGCAAGUCUGCUGCAACAACCAGUUAUGCCGACUAUCGCUGAAGACGAAUACCUCUCAAACGACUACCAACAAGUUGCUUACAACACUCAGGAGAUGUUCAGUGCCUACCAGCAGUCAAUGACGCCGCAGUACCAAAACCACUACAGACCCUACAAUGCCUUGCCAUCAUCUCACCAGCAGGUACUUUGUCGCGGUCAGGUCACAGGCAAGCAGUUCCAUCAACAACAACAACAACAUCAACCGGUAGCCUUUAACCGCCAAUCCAGUGCCCAGGGGAAAUGUCUUCGAUUUGUUCAGCAGCCAAUAGAACCACAGCCACCGCCACAGCAGCAGCCACCACGCCAACUUCACGAAAACAGGCGUCAAGAUUUGAGUAAAUCUCCCGACACACCACGGAGUAACCUAACGCUACUCAAUGCCCUAUUGCAAAAACCCAAGCCCAUUGGAGUCAGCUCUGAGGGGCUACGUGAAAGACAUCACUCGGCGUCUUCGGACACGCGGUUUGGCGUCAGCCCAGCUCAAGCUCGGCCUCUUCCGCCGCCCGCGACCUCAGCGCUGGACUCCACCAAUUCGCAAUUCAAUCGACAGCUUAGUUCCUCGUCAAGCAAUGCGCUAAUUGUCGACCUGUCUAAAGAUCGAAUCUCUCCGAUCGACCCCUCGCCAAGUGUGUUUUUGGAUGACCUCUCAAGCGGUUUUACUGGUGCUGUCGACCAGGUCCAGCAGCAUCAGCGGCAGGCUCACACAGAGCUGUACGGCUUCGAGGUCACGUGA